AUGGGUUUGGCAAGCAAGCUCGCGGCCGCGCAGGGACUGGGAGGCCAAACUGCCACAGCAAACUACGGCGGUGGGGGCGGGGGCGGCUCCCAGUACCCUCCCGCACAAGGACACCCAUCAUCACUACAGCCUGGUGGCAGUGGUGCGGGCGGCUAUCCUGGCCAGCAGGCAGGAGGAUAUCCUGGACAACAAAAACCGUAUCAAGCCUACAAUCCAGGUGGUGCUCAGCCUGGCCGCCCUGGUGGCUAUCCUGGCCAGCAACCACAGUACCAACCAUACCAACCACCGGCGCCAGCGCCCGGCGGUUACGUCGCACCACAAUACGGACAGCAACAGCAACAAGGCUAUAACAGGCCCCCACCACCUGUGCCAAACCCAUCAUCCAGUCCAUAUCCCGGACAACAACCUCAAUACGGCGGCCCUCAGCAAGGUUACGGCCAACAACAUGGACCUCCGCAAGGAUACGGCUACGCCGGUUCACCAGCACCACAACAGCAGGGCGGCUACAGCGCACCUCCACCCGCUCAAUACGGUCAAGGUCACCCCCCAGGACAGCAGCAAGGGGGCUAUGGCGGCCCACCAGUAGGUCAGCAAUACGGAGGCGCUCCCAUGGGAGGUCCACAGCAGACCACACAGGAAUGCGAGAAGGAGCUACAUCGGGCGAUUUGCGAAAAGGGUCUAGAUAGAUUCUACGGCCCUGGCACACCGGGUGGACAGCGUAUCCCCAUGAUCGCACAGCGUGCCGCGGCGCAGGUCGAUCGUCUGUGCCAGGCCUGGCGCAUCCCGAAAGAGAUCGCGACGGAUAUCGUCCGCCUGGCACUGUACGAUGUCGUCAUCUACGUCGAUGACAGCGGCUCCAUGGCUUGGGAUGAGGGCGGCAAGCGCAAAGAGGAGCUCAUGCUUAUCAUGCAGCGUGUUGCUUUUGCGGCUACGCUCUUCGACGACGACGGCAUCGAUGUGCGCUUCAUGAACAACGAGCAGAUUCCGCCGAACAUGCUGUCUGGCAUUCGCGAUGAGCAGCAGGUCAAGAACCUCCUAGAAAGUGUUCGGUAUAUGGGACUCACUCCAUUCGGCACUAAGCUCCGCAACAAGGUCAUCGAUCCGCUCGUCGUUCCGAUGCUGCGCAGCGGACAGAUGCAGAAGCCGGUCUUGAUCAUAGGCAUCACGGAUGGACAGCCUGCUGGAGAGAACCAGAACGAGCUCGUGGAGACUGUGCGCUAUGCUAUUGGCCAAGCGCAGCAAUCUCAGUACGGCAAGGGUGCGGUGGCUUUCCAAUUCGCUCAAGUUGGAAACGAUCUGAAGGCCACUGAGUUCCUGGCGAAGCUCGAUAAUGACCCGAUGGUCGGAGCAGAAGUAGACUGCACAUCAAAUUAUGAGGUCGAAUCAGCCGAGAUGGCAAAGUUACACCCGGAAAUCGAAUUCACCCCAGAUAUCUGGAGGAUCAAGCUCAUGCUCGGCGCUAUCCACCCUGACUAUGACACCAAGGACGAGAAGAAGGGCAUGGCUUCUGGCGCAGGUAUGUCAGGGCAUCCGCAGCAGGGCUACGGUGGUCCUCCAGGCGGCGGCUACCCCCAGGGCCCGCCAUACGGACAAGGCCCACCACCCGGGCAUUACAGUCAACAGCAGCCGGGGCAGGGAAGAGGCUACGGUGGCCCUCCAGGCGGCGGUUACCCCCAGGGCCCGCCAUACGGACAAGGCCCACCACCCGGGCAUUACGCUCAGCAGCAGCCGGGGCAGGGAGGAGGCUACGGCGGUGGCUACGGCGGUGGCUACGGCGGUGCGCCAUCGAGGUACUAG